UCUCGUCGUUUCUCCUCCCCCUUUUUUUCCCGGCCAUCCGGUGCGGGGCGACACUUCGACCGAGAUUCGACUCCGAAGGGGGCGGAAUUACGCUCAGGUGGGGGUUGUGAUGUAGUAUUUGAGGGGUUCAGUGAUAAAGAUAUAAGGAAAAAUAAGUCUACAAGUGACGAUUGAUGUGCACGUCGGCGCGCAACUCGCAUGUCGGAAGGCGAAUUUAUAGUUUUCCGGCGGCCUUAGGCCGGCGAUUUGGGCGUGUGGCACCAGUGCGCCGUGUCCCUCGGUCGGUGUGGAGGCCUUGUAUGCGAGGAUGCCUCCGACUGGGGCUCGAAUCAUGCUUUGAAAAGUGAAAUUGAUUUGAAAUCUUGAGGGCGUUUGGCAUCGCUGGCAUGCCGUGUAGUGCCGACGACCGCCCGACACGCGCACACACCGCCAGUAUCACUUCUCCACCUGAAGAGUGAGGGUGUACGUCAGUCUCGCGGGGGCUUGUGACACUUAACUCCUUGUUGUCGUUACCUCGGGUGGGAAAAAAAAGUGCAAUAGUAACGGCGGAAGAUGGCCCUAAUGGUGUGAUGUGUCGUGCGAAAUUAGAGGUCGAAGAGGAGGCGGAGGGACGUGCCAGGAAGUGAGAGAGCAUUUUCCCUCCAUGUUUGCACGAGAAGAAAACUUGACCAUAAAGCAGAGCUGUGUGAGUUUGUUAGAUGAGGAAGACGUAGACCGAAGAACUAGCCUCAAUGUCCGGUGUUCGUUUUUGAUGAAGAGCAACUUAGGCACAAGGUUAUCCGAUCGCAAGAUUGACUAGAGACUAAGGUUGUUGGGGGGACGAUGAUGAAGUGAGAGAGAGAGACAGACAGACAGACAGAAAAAGAGAUCGAAGAGAGAGAGAGAGAGAGAGAGAGAGAGAGAGAGAGAGAGAGAGAGAGAAACAGUUUGACACAAUGGACAGGCGGCAAAUCAAGGUGAAUUAAGCGAACGAAACAGCAGAAGGCUUUGCCCCCUGGCCCCCCCACCACCCCCUGCCCAAGGAAGGAACGCCCGUGCCCGUCGGAAAAGAUGUAGUAAGGGGGGCGAGGGGUUUGUUCGCUUUUUCAAGACGAUGCAUAGAGACUGGACGGUGGGAGAAAGAGGACGAGGAACGAACGGUCCAGUGUUGAGGCGAUCACUGGCGAGACUGGGAGAGGAGAUGUGAGCACAGGAGUGAUAUAUAGUGGAAUUGAGCGAGCGUGAGCGAGCUAGCGAGCACAAGAACGAGAUCAUCACAAGCACAGCCCUGGAGGUGAAGUGAUAAAGCGUAUAGGAAUAUAACAACAAAAUAAAAAGGAAUAAAUACUAGAAGACGAGUCAGGCUGGACGCGAGAGACCCGAUACGUUGUGUGUUUAAAAAAAUAAAAUAAAAAGAAAGGGACAUAUUUUUGUGAUAUUUUUUAAGUUAAAACUAGAAAGAGUUCGCCGUGGGCAUGCGAUUGGGGUCGUUCUCGGAAGCACCUAUGCCUCGUGUGUGUCGGCCGUGACGUCAGUGGAAGUUAGAGCAGCAUGAUUGACGGGAAAACGCCCCCGUCCCUUAGCCCGACCGUUCCGCAAAUGGGAUUCUUCGGCCACAGCAGCCACUCUCUCCCCAUGGGCACAAAUUGGGGUACUGGCCAUUGGGGCCCACUGAAGUUGGAGGCGGAGGCGGACGAUGACCAACCGAGAACCAAGUGCCCCCGACGUGACACAACCAAUUCUCCCCCUCCCACUCAUCCCCCUCCCACUUCGAGACGUCGGGGCCAGGAGGGCACCGAGGUCGGCGUUGCAAGUAGCGUAAACAACUUGAGUGGCGGCGGCGGCGGUGGUGGGUCUACCACCACCACCACUGCUCCUGUAGGAGCCGCGAGGAUGUCGUCCGGGCCACGUAACCCUCCUCCGUCGUCUGUACCCAGCAGCGGCGAUACGCCUUCGAGGAAACCAGUUCGACUCUGCCAGGUGUGUGGGGACAUAGCCAAGUCACUGCACUUCGGAGGCCUUUCGUGCGACUCAUGCAAGGCCUUCUUCAGACGCUCCGUUCAGAAUGAUGCUUACAAACACUUCCGUUGCGGAGGGGACCAAAAGUGUGCAAUAUCCAUUGCAUCCAGAAAGUUUUGCAAGUACUGCAGGUUUACCAAAUGCGAGAGCAUUGGUAUGACAAAGUCAUGGGUAAUGAGCGAGGAGGAGAGGUUGCAGCUGAUGAAGACGAGGCUCACAAAGAGGAUGAUGUACCAGUCAGGCAGUGCUGGUAGUGGGAGUGGUGGGGGAGGUGGAGUUGGUAGUGUUAAUACAGGUGGCAGUGGUGGACGUGGUACAAACUCAGGGUCUUAUUCCUCUAGUGUAUGUCCUAAAGACAGCUCAUCCUCGAAAAAUUCACAACCCUCUUAUCAGCAAAGUGGUGUAUUGCCCACGUAUCAGCCCCCGGCACAUCCAGUGGACCUGGAUAGCUCAGGUUCCUCUCCAAACAGUUCCCCACCAACUCCAAUAACAGGAACAGUUGCACCAAUCCAGUAUGGGCCAAUACCUCCUCCUGCACCACAUCAUCCCAGUGAAGGCCUCCAUCAUCCAGUAACCACAAAGGAAGAGAGUCCAGUGAGGACCAUGUGCCGGGGAAUCAAGAGAGAAAGUGACGAGGAGGAUAUGUCAGUGGAACGAGUCUUUAAUCCAGCUUCGCGUUAUCUUGACGCCAAGGAAUUUGAAUUCAUAAAUCGAGUUGUAAGCAACAUCAAGUUGGUUGAACAGGAGUUGCCAUAUCCAGAAAAUUCACAGUCAGAUGUGAUGUCUACUUAUGGACGAUUUGCGGAGAGGCUUACAAAAUUCCUUAGACAGUUUCCAGAGUUUAGCAGUCUCCCUUCAGUGCAACAGGGAGCAGCCAUUAAAAAGAACAUCACUGUCAUUGCUCUUGUGUUUGCUUCAAGUUUCUUGAAAGAAGACACUGGCAGCUAUCACAAUGUUCAUUCGCCUAAUCAGCCAAUGAUCACCAACAUGACAAUGAUCCAGAGAGCGAUGUCGCCAGAGGUAUUUAGUAAGUUCCAGGAAAUUCUCAGCGGUCUUCGCAUGUUUAAUGUUGACACUCGAAUGGCUUAUCUUCUUGUUCUUAUUAUAGUAUUUAAUAUGGACGGACAGGAAACACAUCUUAACAACUUCCAGAGUAUUUUGCAACAAUAUAUUGCUUGGAGAUUUGGAGAGCUCAAUGGCAAGUCAAUUUAUGACGGUCUUAUACGAGCCCUUCAGAGUCUUAAGCGUCAUUCCGAACUCUUUGAGAGUAUGGUUGUUCGGCAAAGAAGUAUCACUUCAUCCAGUUCAAGUGCAUUGAUUUCAACUAUAAAUCGCCAUGACUGUCUUAUAUCUGGCUCUCCAACUACAGAAGAGGUAAAGAGCGUAGUGGAAAGCAUGACUGGAGAGCAAAUAAGACAAAUGCUGAAUGGGAUGGAUAUAGAACAAAUGAAACAGAUGCUUCAGGGUAAUGGUUUAGAGCAAAUGAAGCAGAUGUUGCAGACAAUGGAAUCUGAAAUUACACAGCCCAGUGUGCAGGAGAGCAGCUUGAUAAGUAGUCCUCCCCCACUGCACUGUAACUCACCUCAGAGUAUGGUACAGUCUCCACAUAGUAUGUUACAGUCUCCCCAUUCUAUGUUGCCGUCACCACACAGCAUGCUUCAGUCUCCUCAGAGCAUUAUCCAGUCACCUCACAGCAUGAUGGAGUCUCCCCAUAGUAUACACCAACCUCCGCCAUCACCUGGAAUCUUGCAGUCACCAACUGCAAGCAUCACUCAGAACAUGCAUACCAUGCUUGACAUAUCUCACAGCUUAAGUCCAAGCCCGAAUUCAUCUGUUUCUCAGAUUCUUACCUCAAGUAGCAAUCUACUUAAUCAGUAUCAAGACAUGAAACCUGGGGCUUUUCUGAACUCUCCUCAGUCUCUCGAGUUGUCUCAGAGUCUGAUAGAUAUAUCCAGCCCUUCUCCUCACCCAGUCAAUCUGACGGCAUCACCCGCACCGUAUAUUCCUAACCAAGAAAGUUACGUACUGGAGCAACCAUUACCCGAGACUGCAUACUCUGACCGUCAGUCCCCUUUGGAGGAAAGCACAUACCUCAAUCCACCUCCAUAUCCUCAGGCUCCAUAUAGUCCUGCUCCCUUAAGUGACCAAUACAACAAGGGAUUUAUGGCUCUGUUUUCUCCCUUGCCCUUUAAAGAAGAACCUCAGAAUGUGAGUAGCAGCAGCAACACCAGCAGCAGUGGGAUUGGACUCAGUGUAACAUCUAGCAUGAGUUCGCCCUUGUCGUCUCUGCUAACUUCUCCAGCACCUUCCCAUUCUUCACUUCACGAGUCUGACAACAGUUUGUCCAAUUACCAAGAGCCUGAACAUGGCAACUCACUUGGGGCUGCACCUUAACUCUUGGGCAUUUAGUUUCAUGUGACAGUGACCACUAUAUGUUAAUGUUUAUGUAUUCCAAGCGGGUUCCUGCUAUAGGUUCUAGCUGUAGAGCUCAUUAUUAGAUGAUGUUUAUUGUUAUAGAAUAGAGCCGUUGUGACAGUUAUCAUAGUGACCUCAUCUCGCAUACUGCCCAAAUCCUCGCUGUAGAAGUUUCAUGUGCAAAAUUCUCAUUUUUGUUGUCAAAGCAAACAGAUUAAAUAUGCUUCAUAUUGCUGUAAAGCCUAGUGAUAGGAAUUUGCAUAUAAAGGUUCUCAAGUGACAAUUAUUUGUACAAGAUUACCUUCCAACUCCGGCCAUAAAACUCAACAACCUAAGUACAGUACAGUAUAAUACAACAAUGUACAGGUUCUUGUGUGCUUGAAACAUUUGAGUUUAUCCUCCCAACUACCUACUUCUACCUCACUCGACAGGUAUCGUGAAUACAAAAAUUGUUAAUGUUCCAAUAUAAUUUCUUGUUAUCUGUGUAGCUAUUUUCCAGUCAUACAGUCAGACAAGCUGAGCUUACAACUGCUGGGAUUAUUAGAUUAGUGAGAAAACAAAACAGCUCAGCCACACAAACAAGCUCUUAUAAAAUACCAGACUAGCUAAGAUGGGCCACAGAAAGUUGGAAAAUUUGCUACAAGAUUACAUGAAUUCGUAAAUCUCUUGAUGUUAUCCAAGAAUUCUUUUCGUAGCUUAACAGGAUUAAUUUAUAUUAGCUGAAACUUCUUUGCAGAAAAAUCUCAGGUAUUGGGGAUUGAGUUGAUUCAGUGCUGGCAGCCAAAGGUGUUCUAAAAAACUGCUUUAACAUUACAGAUGUAGGGUAUUAAUGAAGAUUUUUUCAUGUAAAUAUGUUUUAUAAAUGAAUAUUUUAGAAAAGAAGUGCAGCAUUGAUAAAAUGAUCUCAUUUAGACUUUUGUUAUGAACCUAACAUAAAGUAGUACAUGGCAAUGUGCCUUUGUGAUAUGAUAUUUCUUCAUGAAAAUUUUAAGCAGUCUCCUUCAUCUUUUUUUCUGAAAGCAGUUAUUGUAUCCAGAAUGGUGUUUUUUAAUCACUUGAGUGGUUCGAUUAUCUUUUCAUUAAAACGCAAUGUGAAAUUUGAAUAUUAUUCAAAGUACGUAGUAGUAGGGCAAGUUGAAAACAAAGUUUUUUCCAAUGGUGAUUUUUAAAUUUCCUUGGAUUUACUUGUAAAAGAAAUAGUGGAUUCUUUUUGCACGAUUAGAAUUUAAACUUUAAAUUACAAAGUAUGAUUUGUUUUUUCAGUGAAAACUUGAAAGGAAUGUUUAAUUACUGAAAGAAAUUUGGAAACAGGAAAGAAUCUAACGGCCAGCACUAGUAAUGCAUCUUCAAGCACAAUUUUAAUGUUAAUACUCUAAUGUUUUAUGAUACGUUGUAUCAUAUCCGAUGUGCAUUUUUUAUAAUUGCCUAUUUGCAGUACAAGAAGAAGUCAGGUGUUUUUUCUUAUUUUUUCUAUAUGUGUAACAGUCAUCUUCCAUAUGCCAAUAUUUACUGACAGUAGUCCAUGCAAAUGCUUUUUAUUUUGUACAUACACUCAAUAGAUCUCUUGCUGAAUAUAUAUGCUCCAUAAUGAUUACUGCUAUUAAGAGUUUGAAAGCCCCCAUAAAGUCACUAAAGAAGUUUCAGCCAUCCAUUUCUGCAUUCCAGUCAGAUACAGCAGUGUGGUAAAGAUUGCAACUUUCAGUGAUUGCCAUUUUAGUCUAGAUUUUUUACUCCCACUUUUGUAUUUUAUUUUGCAUUACUUUUGAUGAAGGUAUGUUUCAGGUCUAUGUUCUGAAUGUUCCUAAAUCAUUUUUAUGUUAACGAUCAUUCAGGGCGCUUUCUUUAAGGUAGCUCCUUUCACCAACAGAAUUAUUUCAAAACCUGAACACUUAAGUUUAUUGUUAUUUCGCCAUUCAGCUGUGCCACAUGAAUAAUGGAUGUGGAAUAAUUGGUUGUUUGUCAAAGCACCUUCCUAUAAUUGAAGAGGGUCUAGACAUGAUAUAAUUGAAAGUCCAUCGCAAAACUAACCUAAUCCAAAUGUUGACAUUUGGAUGAGGCUUGUAAUCCAAUCCCCUGUAAAGUUAGGAUCCGUUAGGACAAGUCUGGAUUUUACGAGAAAAUGCUGCUCAAAUCAUUUGAAAUGUGUGUAGCCAUCAUGAGAAAUUACCAGGUAUCUUUACCAUAGCUGUCAGUGCAGUUUCUAAGUCAGUAUGAUGCCAUGUUAACCAGUUUUGAUAAGACUUUAAUGGCCAAGAAUAUGGUUUAGAAACCAUACGAGUCUAAUGCAGAGUCUAGUGAACCUGCUGUGAGCUGUUCAUUAUUUUCAGAGGUGCCACACAACAAACUUUUAAGAGUAACGGAAGGUAGGACGAGAACUUUGGGGAAACUUUACCCAUGAAAGGUCUUUACUGUGUUAUGCAUAUUACAAUUGCCCCAAAAGGUGUUAGUAAACAACUGUUUCGUAACAAGUAUUUUAACUUUACCCAUAUAUGCAUGAUACCAGAGUAUUGAUACUUUACCACCUUUUGAUGAGGUGAACCCUUACUAUUCAGCGAGAGGAACAAUAAAAGCUAGUGACCGCAGCAAAAGCAAUUGAAAGUGAGACAUGAAAGAGCACUUGAUUACUUGUAUCAGAAGCUCUGAUUUAUUCAGCGAAAUGAAUCAGCGUUACAUUAGGCUUUGUUUUGUUCGUGUUUGGUUUCACUGUGCAAAAUACAAUAAGCCAUUGUCUUGGCUGGUUUAUUCUUAUCUCUAGUAUUUUGGGUCUGUUAGGAUUCCAACCAACCUAAUUUCAGGUGCAGUGUCAUGAACCAGUCCAUAGAACUCCCACUGAAUGAUGGUGGUACAUGCCACGGUAUGUUCUCCUUUGUGCUUAGAGAGGUGUGAUAUCAAGGACUUGCCUGUCUGCUAUGGAUAGCAUUAAUAUCGUAAGCAUAAGGCAUCAUCUCUGAUAUUACAUCUUUACAUGAUGUAGAGCAACAUAUUGAUGCGGCACCAUCCUCGGAAAAAUAAAUUGGAAACCCGAGCCUGAAUUGUAUGUAUGUUGGCAAGGCGUUGGGCAGAUGCGAAUACUACCAUGUGACAGGCUUGUUUCAUGUACAGUGUCUUGUGUUGAAUGCAACUAUCUGAAUAGAUGAACCCUGCAUGUGAAUGGUUAGGAGAGUAAUGUAGUCCAUCAGGCAGAAGUGUCUACAAUAGAAACGGUUUAAGAAUUAUAUAUAUAUACGGUAUAUUAUUGUCUGAUGUAUGUAAUGACAAAGGCACUAAGAUUCAUGUAUAAAAUAAAUUACAUUAUGUGGUUUGCUUGCAGAGGCAAGGCUAAAGCAUAAUAAUAAUGUGUAUUAUUAUUACAUCGGCAUGUGUUUUGUUGGACUACUAUAUAUAUAAAUAUAUACAUAUGUCUAUUUUUUGCUGCGUGCAUUUGUUGUAUGUACAGUUUGAACUUCAGAUGGUAAGUUUCCAAGGCAUUAGAUAAGCUAAAUUAAUUGUACUGUAUGUAAAGUAUAUAUUUUUAUUGGCUCUAUUAGGCCUCCCAAACAACAACCUUAUGAAUUUGUUACUGGUUCUGUUACGUAUUUUAAGUUUGUAUGCUCAUCUGACCAAAAUACAGAGUGAGCUGCUAUGUAUUAUACAAAUGUGUUUGUACAGAAGAGGGAGCCUUGGGAACUUAAUCAUGUGUCUCAAAUCUUGUGAUUAGAGUAGUUCACCAACUUCAAAGGAUCAUAACCCAGAUGGCCCGUGGCACAGUGUUUUCAGUACCACUGGACUUAGGAGCCUCAUGGUCAAGAUUAUUGAGUUUUAUAUUAUAUAUUUUCAAAAUUGGUGAAUUAAGCUAUAUCAUUGAGGUGUCCUGUUCCCUCCUUGUUAUUGUUCUACAGAAUGUGCUCAAUUAGGCUAACUGCUGUUUACCACAGUACCCUCGCGUAGUCACGUCCGGUGUGUUUGACAGUGACGUGGGUGCCGGGGGAAGAAUAUAGUAACCCAAAUUCUUCUUAAGGUCAAACUGAAAGUAUGAACUGUUUAAACCUUGUUUUUUCUUACUUUCUGUAUUACUCGCAGCAAAUUCUCUGCAGUUGAUGAUCAUAUGCAGUACUCUUAAACUAAUUUGUCUCUGGGAAAUGGGACUAAACACUACUUUAGGUCAAGUAUGCAGCUUACAUCAUCUGAUCAUUCAUAGGUAGACUAAGGAAGAUGAUUUUGUGAACCUUUUCCUUGAUUGCUUUUACUUCACAGUCAGCAUCACCAGGGAUAUGAUCAGAGGUGCAAGAGGCUAUUUGAACUUUUAGUUUGAUUGCAAAUGUUCAAGGAUGUUUUUUAUGAAGUUUCUUUUCUGAAUUAAGCCCCAUUUAUAAAAAUGAGGCUCUAAAUAUAUAGUACAUAUAUUAUCUUGUCUAAAUGCUAAGUUGUAAGGAAUGAAUGCAUCAACUAUGGCUACUAAAAAUAAGAACAGACUGAGAUUGUCACUAGAGUAAACAGGCUUAGGUUGAACUUAAGUGUAAGUUGGCAUUAUCUGAGAUAGAAUACUUACAUUUUUGAGUUCAGAUUCUCGGAGGAAGUCGUUUAAUCGAGCACUUGGGAAGUGCCAGUUUCACUGACCAUUAUGAUUGUUGGAUGAGUUUAAUCCAGUAGUGUUAUUAGCUGAGUAAGUCUACAUGAGCACUGUGAAUCACCGGGUAAGUUUGAAGAAUUCCUCUCGUUAUUCAAAGGGAAGUGUGUCUAAUGAUCUGCUUAUUUGACCUUACAUUCAUUGAUAACAUAUGCGUGUUGCUGCUAUCUUCCUCCGACCCAGACGAGUAAUGAAUAGUGUCCGAGGUUAGAGAAAAGGCACUCGAAGGCUGGCCAAAACUACCUCCAAACAUUAGAAUUUGUAGUUCUUUCAGUCAUCCACAUAGCAAUAGAAAUAUCACUUGACAGAUACAUUAGUGUCAGAAAACUUUAUAUUAAUAACAUUGCAUGACAAUGACAGCAUGAUUGUGACCCAGUUUUAUGAUGAGGAACAUUUUGAUUGAAACAGGUAUGUGCCGAAAUCUCCUCUUAUCACUGAGCCGUCUUGUUGAGAUGCAAGAGACCAAAUAUACCGUACUGCUAGUUAAUGCACUUUCAAGAUGUUUUUAGUAUACUUAGCUUCCUCUUAAUGUUCAUUACACCUUCAUGGUUUAACUUUUCCACUGUUACCAGUGUAGCAAAGGAUUCUAGCUAUCCAAUGCACAAACCAAGAGUUGACAUCAAGUGUAACAGCACUUUGGCUGUUUCAAGUAUUUUUCUGUAUUUUAUUAUGUUUCACCUUUAGGAUCUGAUUUAGCAUGGGUAUUUAUGAACUUUGUAGAGAUAGGUUGCAAUACAUUUUGGUUUGAUAAUGGCAUAAAGUACUUCGUCACUUAUAUCUUAGGUGGAUUGCAGUUGCCUCUUGGGUGUACUGCAGGUAAAGCCUCUAAGCCUUUGUUUAUCCUCCCUAACCAUUUUUUAUUAUCCUUUCAGCAUUGUAAAUGCUGUGUCACUUGUUUUUUUGACACAAGCAUUAGUGGUAGAACUUUCAUAGGGAUGAACGCUUAUUACAGCCAUACUUGGACCAGCAGUACUGACUGUUGAAUACAUACCUAGAUGGCUAUGGCUAAGUGUUCAUCACUGUGGGAUAUUUACCAGAUUCUCAUCCUCUUCCAUAUGAAAGUAGCAGAAAUCUUUAAGCACCUUGAGUGUUUUUCGCACUUGUUUAAACGUAGGUGACUUAUGUAUAUAAAUAUUUUAUUGCUAACAUUAUCAUAAUUACUGUAGCAAUGUCAUAAUCACCAAUCAAGAGACUUCAGUGAAGGUCAUGCGUGGAAUUUUGAAUGAUUCAAAGAAUUCACAAAGGUUAACUGCUGAAGACUGUUAGUUGAUGAUUGUAAAGUAUGGUAAAGUCUUCUCUCAUAAGAAUGGCCACUACCAUUGGUAUCCAUCAUAACAUCAGCUCCACUAUGGUAUCAAUCAUUCAUGUAAAAGGAAAUGAAAGUUUAAAUAAAAAAAAAAAAGUGUGUCAUCACAGUGUACUCUACAUUGUGUCAGAUAACGAUGGAUUCUCUCAGAAUCCAGAUGGCUAGGCUAAUGAGGGAAGUCUCCAGCACUUCCCGUGUCUUGUUAAUAGCGACCGAAGGAAAGCAGCGCAUUGUAUGAUGGCGUUUCAAUUCUAAUUCAGGUUCAUACAUUGGCCAGGUAUUUCCUCCCUGGUAUUAACAUGAUGCUCAUAAGAUGCUCACUGUGUAUGUCUGUGUGUGUAACAAUAGGAGCUACAUAUGUACAGGACAACUAUUAUUAGUAUUCUAUCUUAUUCAAUAUAUAUAACCCGUGUAUGUUUAAAUGUGUUUGGAAACAGGAAUAAGACAAUAGACCUGACUUUAGUAGCGGUGACAUAGGAACAUGAACAGUUUUGUGAUGUGAGAAGUCAUCUGAGCUUUGCAUGUCAAAAUUAAAGAUCCAGUUUUAACAUUCUGUUGCUUUCCAAAACACUUUCCAUACAUAUGAUGUAUUGAGCGAACUUGUACGAAGUACAGUACUGUUAUGAAUGAAAAAUGCAGCAUUGGUAAUAAGGGUAUUUUAUUUUUAUUUUUAUUUUUUAAUUAAGGAGAGAACUGUGAUCUUUUGGGUGCUCAGAUUCUGGACUUCCUCGCAUGUGUGUUUUUGUAUGUGUGGGGCCCAGUUUAUAAAGUUACUAUAUAAUAGCAAAAAAACAUAAAAAAACAAAAAAAAAGCAAAAAAAGUAAAACUGGUCUUCUACUUUGGUCCUCAAGUAAAAAUAUUGCCAGUAUGUAUCACAACAUGUAAAGCAAAAACAAAAAAUUUAACUAUUUCAGAAAAAAAACUGUCAUAACCCUUGUAAACUGCUUUUUGUUAACAGUUUGAGGUUUUUGGACUUGUAAUAUAUGUGAAACCUUUUUCUUUGCUGCCUGCUGAAUAAACUCCAUUUCACUUAUCCUUCACACAGUGCAGAGAAUUGAAUUUAGAAAAUUUUUCCUGUAUUGCCUGUGCAUGUGAAAGGUGUAGUGUAAGCAAAAGCUUUCACAUAUAGUUCCGGUCGUUCUGAAUAGUGGAUCUUAGGCAGAACUGAUGCCCACGGCUGAACUUCUUCCCGGAGAAAGUUCUAGCUGAGGAUAGUGAGGAAGAGCACCAACAGGUGUGACUGGCUGUGAUAUGACCCAGAUAUAGGAAUUGUAAAAUUUCUUUUAUUUUAUUUGCGCUUCACGGUGAAGCGCCAUCAUUUAGAUUAGGUUUAACUUCUGUAACUGAAGUAAAAAUAUAUCCCCAUCUGAAUUAGAUGUAAAACAUUGCAUUAAGAUGUAGUAGCUUAAGCAUAAAAUGCAGUUUAAUACAUCGAAAUGUUAAGGUGUUAAUUUUGUUAUAUUGCGCUGCUAUAUUUUUCAUUAAUCGUUUUAGCACUUGCAUUUAAGUAACACUUGUAGAAAAACCUCUGUUUGUGAUCUAGAAUGUUUUGAAACCCAACUCAUUUUGAAGUAGAGCUUUCUUUAUGUUAAUGAUUAUCACCCUUUUAUUUUUAUUUUGUAAGAAUAAUGUUAUUGAAAUAGAUAUAGGGAAAGAAUCUGUACGUACUAGCCAAUGAAAAGCCUAUAUACAACUCUACUGAGCAGUAUCUCCAAUCAAGAAGUUUGCGUAUAUCAUGACAUUUCUGCUCUUCUGGUACAAAUCAGUUAUAAAUUAAAAAGGAAGAAACAGAAUCAUCCUGUGCAAUAAUCAAAAUAUGUUAUUGUACUUCUCCCCCAACCCCUCAAUUCUCUGAUAGACCUCCUGGAAGCAUGAAUAGGAAACUGGGUACAUAGUACAUGUAUUAAGAGCACUGUCUUUGUCAAAGGAGCUUCAUCAUCUCAUGUCCGUAUCACAAAGUCUGGUUAUGAGUCCCUUGUGCAUCUCUUUCGUGCUGUCAUUUGAUGAUGCAUCCAUACAGUUUGCCGCACAGUAAAUGCAAUAUAUUGUGCUGCGUAGCAGUUUUUUUUUCACCGGAAUUUUUUAUCAUUUCAGUGAAAUCUUGAGGUACAAAGAAUUGCAGGUAAAUUUGAAUUGAUAUACAUGAUUAGUGUUGUACAGCCUAUGAUUUACUGUUGCCUACAUUACAUGUUGAUCACACCCCUCCACCCACUCAACCCCCAUAAUGUUGUACUAAGGAAGUAGCACCACUGUUAAUCAAAGACACUGGAUAUUGUUCCGAAGGUACGUGUAAGAUUUUCUCCAUUCCGUUUCACGCGUCGUAGAAUGGAGAAAAUUGUGUGACCGCAGAGGUCACUCACCAUCCCCAGUCCAAUGCUUAGAAUGACAUGAUGAAAACUUCCUUUUCAACAUGAUAGUUAAAAGGGCUUCUUAUGAUAUAAACCUUAUGUUUAGUUAUAGAAAGGGUUUAGCACAAAGAGCAGCCUAUACAGUAUUAUAUUGCCAAGUCAUUAAAGAGAAAGCUUUUUUGAAAUAAUCCAAAGCAUUAGAAAUUCCCUUCUCAGCCCGUCAUCAAACCUUGCUCAAAGUGCAUAUACACAGAUACUGUACUCCACUAUCCAAAUCUCUAUUCUUCUUUGUCUGGGUCUUCACUGCUGUCAUGUUUUAGGUGUGGACUGAUUUGAAAGAAAGCAACUGACAGAGAAGCAAAGCAGUCUGCAUCUUAAAAAGCAUUCGUGGAAAACGAUUUCACCAGUUUUGAAGGUCAUCACGUCUUGGAAGUAUGAGAUUAUGGAUAACUGCAGUUAGUGAUUUUAGAAAGUCUACCCGGUGCUUCCUGGCAAAUUUGUCAGAACAAUAGAAAACAAUUUUUUCUUACUAGUAAGACAUCCAAAAAUUGUGUUAUUCAAAUUUUUCUAAUAUAAUGAAAUAUUAUGCCACCACCAACCCAAGAUUAACUUAGGGAGAAUACUUAAUCUCGCAUCAGCAUGGUUUGUGAAUGACUCAAAGUAAUUCUUUCACAAUCAUUUUAGCCUAAGUUUGUGCCUAAUAGCCUACACACAAGCUGAUGAUACCCAUUUGUACUUCGUAAAUUAAUGUAGACAAUUUAUCUCUGCAGCCACUGUUAUGACCAGAGCACUAUUAAUGAGAAUUAUUUCAAUUGCAAUAGUUCAACACGUUUUAUGAUGUGAACACAGUAUUAAAGUAUAUGGCUAUUAAUGUUCUAUUGGCUAAAUAGAAAUAAAUUUUGCAAAUGGGAAUUGUAAAUAAGUACCUGAAUUAUACCCAAUCAGUGAAGAAUUCCAUAUAUAUCAUUGCUUUUAUGUCAGACUAUUUAUGGGAUACAGAACUCUGUUUCUAUAACUGUCAUCGUAGUCUUCUUGUUAGCUGACUUUUUUUAAUCUUUGUGGCAGUAUUUCUAUGUAAUCUACACAUUAAUACUUUGUUUAUUUUUUGCUCAAUAAUGCAAUGGUUUGUGACAGGUUUGGCUGUUUUUUUGUUAUUUGAUUGUAUAUUAUAAUUUAAACUUGUGGUAUUUCAAUUUCUUUUGCUUACUAUUUUACAAAAACUAUUCUGAAGCGAAUUCAUAUUGUAAGAAGAGAAUCUCACGUGAAGGAGUUACAAUUUUCUGUCAUGAGCAUUUGUAUCUUAGAGUUGUUAUGUUGGGAUGAUAGAUGUUUUGAUGUAACACUACAUACCUUGUUUCUACGGAUGCUUAACAAAACUGCUAAACCUGUCAUUCUUAUUAACCUUAAGCUACAGUAUCCAAAAUUGUUAAUCACUCUUAACAGUAGUUUGCCUGAGUCAUGUUUGAGUUCCCACUCAAGUUAAUUGCCUUUGGGCAAGUGUUCAGUGAAAAUCAUAUCAGAUGUUAAAAACCCAGCUUUUCCCAUCAGUACUGGAUCUUAUGCCAUUGCAUUAUGUAAUCUGUACUAUGGCCUUAUUGAUGUUUUACUGAGAUAUUGGAUUUUGUCAAAGUUAAUUUUUUGUUUUCCUAUUUGCUUUUUAUGUGCUUGUUUAAAAUCAUCGUUAGAGAAUGAUUCUUACCAAAACUUUUGUCUUACUUUUUCUCAACUGGUCUUUUUAUGACUGUACUCUGAUUCUUGUAAGCCCUGAUUGAUUCACUUUUUAAACAGCAUAUUUGUCCCAGAUAUCUGACCGUCAUAGAUAAUAUCAAAUUGCAGGUUUAUUAAUACUGUAAGUCACUUCCAUACCUGUAAUUCAGUACGUGAACGAAUGUAGUACUUGACUUCUCAAGAAUCUAUCACUGAGCACUUGUUUUCCAGGCAUGUAAGAAACGUUCUUGUGUAGCAUUUACUGAUGGGACACUUUGUGAAAGUCUGUAUUAACAACUCAGGAAAGAUGAUAUACGAUACAAUAUAGAGAUAUAUUCCAAAAUACGUAGUCAUGUGAUCUCAAACUUGCCUCAGGUAUGACCAAGGGUUAGCAUUUGCAGAUUCAGUGAACGUUUGUUUCCACUCAGUAUAUGGAAUCACAAUACAGUAAUAGUAAUACUAACAGUAAUCAAAUUAUUGGACGUUGCAUAGCAUUUUCAUUCCAGUAGUAUAAUGAAUUUAGAUUCCUUAGAAACUGGAUCUGUAAAUAUACUCCUCUUUGACUUGAAAUAUGUGGACCCUCUCGUUUUCACUGUGAUUUUGAUUUUGGCUUAGAAUUUUCUGGUACGUUAUUAAUCACACAGCUUUUUAAAUGAACCAGCACUGCCGGGAAUAAAAUGAAAAGUGUAAUUGCAUGGAAUGGUUCCAAGGUGGUGAGAAAAUCAAUUUAAAAGGUUCUCAUCAUGUUAUACUUAAAUGCUAAGGAAACAGUAUGUACUGUGUAACCCGUUUUAAGAGAUUAGAAAUUCUAUAUCUCUCCACAUAUGAGAUAGAAACCCUGCAAGUAUGUGAAAGUUUAUAGCACGAGAUUAUGUAGAGGUCAUAUUCCCUUGUACUGCCAAAUAAUUAUGCAGGAUACAGCUUUUGCUGUCAAACAGUUGUAUAAUUAUCUCCUUUAGCAUUUUCGUAUGUCAGUAGUGCCCAGCAUUGAUAUGAUUCUUGGCCAUUCACUGCAUUGUAGAUGUCCGUACUUUGUUGUGAGAAUAUAAAAUUAUGUUUUUCGUCCCCAAUCCUUUUCGUUUGUAAAGUAGUAGUGAAUUUACCUCUUGAUUCUUCUGUUUUGUCGUAGAUGCCCAGGCAGAUUGAAUCUGUCGGGCUGUGUUCCACAAAAUUUCCGUGUCACCCAUUUUGAAUCCUGUUUGCAGUAUAUAGUCAGUUCAAACUUUUACAUCAUUGAUUUUCCAGAAGUCGUUACUUCAGAAAUUUUUCUUAUAUUACUAUAGCAUAAUGCACGAGAUACACAAGUGGGCCUCUUUCUGAAGGUGGUUCCUUUAUUUGCGGAUUUUACAAUCUUUAUCCCAAUCGGGAGGCUGACAUACAUACAUUUGUGUGUAUUUAAUAAAGACUACCAGAAAUCCUUUGCUGUCUUCAAAAGAGCAGAUUCGUAAUUUUGUUUUCUUGAGUUUUAUAGCAUUCGACCCGUGUUUGUUGUGUUCACAGGGGAAAAAAAGGUUGAUUACUAGGAUGCUUUCUAUUGGCUGCUUUUCAUACUUUUUUUUUUUUAACAUUCAUUUCUCCAAGCCUGUAUCUCUCCCUGUUUCUGUGGCUAAACAUAAGACCAUCUGUUCAUGUAGAGUUUUAAAAAAAACAUAUAUCUUAUGCUGUGUGAAUCAAGUAAAUGAUAUCACAUUACUUUGGGGGUUUAGGAAACCUUAAAUGUUUGCCCUGAUGUCUUAGUGGAAAGGCUCUUAAAAUUUAUUUAUUAUGUGUUGACUGUAUAUAAUGAUUAUUUUAUGUAAAUUUUAUCUGGAAAGUCUCAAUAUUAUAUUUAUUAAGAUGGAUGAAUAAGUAUACUCCUAGAGUGCAAAACAUUAUCUGAACUACGGUGAUAAUGUCUCAAUUUUUAAUAAAAUGUUUAAAGUCUUU